AUGGCACCUCCGGAUGAAAAAACCAUUGAGUAUUUGCUGAAAAAGCUCGCAAUGGGCGAAGAGCUCACGGAAAAACAGAGAAAGGACAUGAAGGACUACAAGUUCUGGAAAACACAGCCGGUUUCGAAGUUCGACGAGAAAAUCGACAAGGAAGGCCCAAUCGACUCGGUGAAGACCCCAGCAGACAUUCCUGACGAACCAAGUCCUCUGCUGAACGAUUUCGAGUGGGUGACCAUCGAUCUCAACAAGGAGGACGAAAUGAAGCAAGUGGAAUCGCUGCUGUACGAACACUACGUGGAGGAUCAAGACGCUACGUUCCGGUUUGCAUACAGUUCGAGGUUCUUCGAGUGGGCAUUGAAACCACCGGGAUGGAAACACGAAUACCACGUGGGGGUGCGUGUCAAGUCGACGGGCAAGCUGGUGGCGUUCAUCAGCGGCAUUCCUUCGCUGCUGCGGGUCCGUGAAAAUAAAGUGCCAAGCGUGGAAAUCAACUUUCUGUGCAUCCACAAAAAAUUGCGGUCCAAGAGACUGGCGCCGGUGCUGAUCAAGGAAAUCACCCGCAGAGUCAACAAAAACGAUAUCUGGCAGGCCCUAUAUACCUCGGGAGCCGUCCUGCCCACGCCAGUGUCCACGUGCAGAUACACACACCGUCCACUGAACUGGGAGAAACUGUACGAGGUCGGCUUUUCAUCGCUGCCUGCGGGCGUCACCAAGUCGCAGAUGAUUGCCAAGUACGCUCUGCCGUCCAGCACAAAAACUCCAGGGCUUAGAAAAAUGGUCCCUGAGGACGCAGCCCAGGUUCUGGAGCUGUACAAUAAAUUCCAGGCCAAAUACGAUCUUGUGCAAGAGUUCACAGAAGACGAGCUGGUCCACUGGCUGUGCGGCCCAGACACACAAAGGGACCUCGAGGACAAGGAGAAAGUUAUUCUUUCGUAUGUGGUUGAGCAGGAUGGCAAGAUCACCGACUUUUUCUCGUUCUACCUGCUACCAUUCACUGUCCUGAACAACUCCUCGUACGACCGGCUGAACGUGGCGUAUUUGUUCUAUUAUGCCACCGAUGCCGGUCUAGAUGGCAAGGACGACGCCGUGCUGGCAAAGCGUCUGAGCUCGCUGAUCGGCGAUGCGUUGGUGGUGACAAAGAAUUUGAAAAUCGACGUUUUUAAUGCUCUCACGUCUCAGGACAACACUCUGUUCCUGAAAGAGCUCAAGUUUGGAAACGGAGACGCGUUCCUCAAUUUCUACCUCUUUAAUUACAAGGCGUUCCCAAUCAAGGGCGGAAUCGACCCGGACACUAAGGAGCUGGACCCGGUGAACAGGAGCGGUGUUGGUGUCGUGAUGCUGUAA